ACUAGCUAUCUACUGCUGGGGCAGCGCGCUGUGUCUUGAGGGGCAGAGACAGCUAGUAAAUCAUAAUGCUUUCCAUUUUUGUGCGAGGAAUUUGCUGUAGUGACCAGCUACUGAGAUCUGCGUUGAAGCAGGCACUUGCACGACAUAGGACAGCAUUUCUAAAGACUUGGGCAUGGUCCAGAGUAGGGCAAGGACUCAGUCACGACCAUGUCUUGAGUCCUGAGGUAGGCUAUGAUGUCAUAAAGCGAAGCCUAUGGGUCCUCCCGGCUGGACUGAGAUCCGAAAAAUCAGAGAAUAGGAGCACUCAGCUGCCUGUGCAACGUAGAAAAGGGGACGUUUCACCCUCAGCUGCUCAAAAAGUGAAAGAAGCAGGAAGAGACUUCACUUACUUGAUAGUGGUGAUCAUCGGGAUCGGUGUGACAGGUGGGUUAUUCUAUGUGAUUUUUAAGGAAUUAUUCUCUUCUUCCAGUCCCAGUAAAAUCUAUGGAGACGCCUUGGAGAAAUGCAGAGCUCACCCUGAGGUAAUAGGAAUUUUUGGUGAACCCAUAAAAGGCUAUGGUGAAGCUACACGCCGUGGGAGAAGACAGUUGGUCAGCCAUAUUGAGUUUGUAAAAGAUGGAUUGAAAUACAUGCGUCUAAAAUUCUACAUUGAGGGAUCUGAAAAAGGAAAACAAGGAACUGUUCAUCUUGAAGUCAAAGAGAAUCCUGAAAGUGGAAAAUAUGAAUAUCGUUAUAUAUUUGUGGAUAUUGAUAGCUACCCGAGAAGAAUGAUAAUUGUUGAAGACAAUAGAUAGCGGAAUGAUUGAAAAAAGUCUUCCAUUGCUGGGAUACUUAUUGAUAAUAUGCAACGAACUGCAGAAUAAUAAAUAUGAAAAAGGUAAUAAGGCACACUGCAUCCUUACAGACUGUCAGUGGAACCAGUGGAACUAUAUAUAAUGAAGUUGCAUAAAUAUUGGAAAUGCAGAAUUAUAAAAGUAAUAGAAAUACAAAUAAUUAUGUUAUUUUUAUACAAAUUGGCAGGAGGUCCUCACUGCAGCAAAUGUGUGAUUCAUCAAAUAUUGUAAAUAAGUGAAUUAGUUUUUAUAUAUAUGCAAUCCAAUAAGCAAACAUCCAUAAACUUCUAAAUUUUUGAAAUGAAUAUUUCUGUCUAAACUUGGAUUUCAUAUCAAAGUUAUAAUAAAUAAGAUCUAAAAUGUAUAAAAUAGUGUUCUUUUUAAUAGUUUGUGUGCAAAUGAAGAUGAUAGUGUAUUUUCCCCUCAAACAUUAAUUUAGAAUAUUAAGUAGCAAAAUACUUUAUAAUAGAAUAUCUACUGAAUAAUUUCUGGUUUGAUUUUGUUUCUUGGGAGGAGUUAGAUUGAAAUUAGCAUACUAUUAUUAUUUUUUUGCAUAUUCCAGAAAAGCAGCCAAUAGUGAAAUGGCACCAUCUUCAUUUGCAUCGUUGGCCAUGGUCUUUCAUUUGUUGAAUCUUUGUCAGGAAUAUGUAUGAUCCUCUCAAAUAAGCUAUCAUUCAACAGGUCAAUAUCUAUCUAGACAACAGUAUUUACCCUAUUUAACAUGACAGUGAUGAUUACUAACUAUAAUGAUAGCAUAAAACUAGCUUUGGGUGAAGGAUUUUCUCUUGGGUCAGUCAUGUUGGUAUUUAGAUAGCACUAACAGAAUAGCAUCCUGCUGUUCCGUUAUAGUCAUUCCAACUUUCUGUUAAGUUGUAACAAAGUCUCUCAUAUUCUAAGUUCUUCCAAGAUUAGAUUGGAAAUAAUCUAAUCUUGGUUAUUAGAUUAUAAUCUCCUAGAAAGAUUAUUGCUUUAGCAGUAAUCAAAUCUAUAUGGUAUUUAGUAUACUUACUUGGCUUCAUUGAAGGUAAAGAAUGUUGCCAUCUGGUGGUUUUAAGGGAAAUUGCACCAAUUAAUUUCUUUAACAUCCUUUUCCAUAGUUUAUUUACAUGUAGAUCUUCCUUACCCAGUUAAUGUAUGCCUCAGUCAUUGCAUUGUUCAAAAUUUAGAAAAUGUUUAAAUGUUUGAAAAAUAUGGGAGGGGGGAGAAGGGAAGGAAGGCUUGUACUUUCACAUUAGAUAAUUAGAAAUUUAGCACCUGACAUUUUUUUCUGAUUUUGUUUGCAAUAUGGCACUCUGAUCACAUUUAAAAGCCCUGUGUCCCGUUCCCUCCUCCCCCCCACACACCCCAAAGUCUCAAGGCAGCUUGCUAGUUGGAAAGACAAUUUAACACAAUUUAACAAAACACAGUUGAGCAGUGUCAAGUCUCAGCAACUGGUUUUUUAAAGCUUCAGGAUGCCUAUUGACUUCAUGGACAGGAAUAAAGAAUAUAAUUCCACAUGCUGAAAUCUGUGAUAGGCCCAAUUUGAGAUAUACAAUAAGUUUCUAAUUUUCAGGUAGUCUACAUAACUGUAGGAAAAACAUUUUUUUAAAAAUGAAGUGCUCUGCAAAAUCAAAUACCGAUUCAGAAUGUAAUUUUGCCCACUGACCACUUUGAGAACAAUAACUCUUAAUCCUAAAAUGAUCAUAAACAAGUAAGCUGAAAAUGUGUUUAUAGAUUGCCUAGACUAGCUGUUGUGGACAGAGCAGCACAUGGAACAGUGGAAACCUGUCUAGUAGAGACUAGAUAUUUUUGCAGAAACAGUCUUUCUCCUAAGCUGCAGGUUUCUUUUGUGUUAGUCAAGGUUUUUUGUUUCUUGCACACCUUUUCUUUCCUUGCCUCUUGCAAAACCACCCAGAUUGGAAAAAAAGUCAGUGAUGCUUUUGGAUAAGGAGAAAAAUUUCAGAAAGACUGCUUUCACUAAAGACUGCUUCCUUAAAACUCCCAGCAUUUUGUUUCAUAUAAAGCUUUAUAAAAUAUGCUAUCCUGGCAUUGUUUUGGGAUUUUUAUUUCCUUAUUUACAUCUGUAUAGCAAAAUGGAACCCAUUUUGAACUGAAACAUAAUGCCAAGCUAUAAAAACAAAACACCAUUUCAAAGGAUUGGAGUUAAUGUAGUUUUAUUCACUCAUAAAGUGAGAAAACCUGCCACUUCAGCAUGUGUUCCUAAUUCUACUAAUAUAUGAUGUAAUAUAAUUGCAGGAUAUGAUUUCAUUACUAAAUUGGUUGCCAAGAAACACAUCACAAUAGAAUUAAUUAGUUCUACUUUAUUGGCAUCCAUUUCUCUCACACAUGUGCAUACACACAUACGUUUCUGUAUUUUUAAAAAGCAGCAGCUGUGUUUUAUUUAAAAAGAUUGCACAACUCUCAAAAAUGUUAAUUGGAAGAGUAACAAGCAUCAAAUAACAUGUACACAUUUUAAAGUGACUAAUGCAUUUGUAUCCAUUGAAAAAAUCCAUUGACUAAUAAAAAAUAAAAAUAAAAAAAUUACUAUCUUAGAAGACAUAGUAUUUACUUAGCAUUGAAGAGAUGAAAUUUUCAGCUCCACUAAAUUUUUUCAUCAAUGGGACUGCCAAAAGGCAUUGUGAUGUUAACCACAAUUUCUAUUUCCUUAUCUUUCCAAAGUGAUCUCUGAACACUUUUAUUUCUGGCAAUUCAUAGUUGAAGGGUUUGAUUGCAGCUCAGCUAUUGUCAGAGACAAUGAUAUAUCUAUUCAGUUGUGCCCAACUCAUGGCGAUUCUAUGGACCAGGUCUCUCCCCAUCUUCCAAUCUGGCACUCAUUCUAUGCUCUGGCUAGUGCCAGCUUUUCAAAGAAAAAGGAUACUCAACUAUGGAGGAGAUGUGAAGCUGUCAAGCAAGCAUUCUUCUGCAGACAAAAGAAACUCUGGAGUCAGGAGAGGUAAUACAAGCGUUUCUUCUGAAAGGAAAUAGAUCUCCCCCAACUUUGCCCAGGUCUGGGGUUUCCAGCUGAAACCCAUUUCUAGGGCAAUUCCUCUUGCACCACAGGUAAACUAAAAGGAAAAAUCAAUUCAGCUUUUGGAAAGAGAGAACAGUUUUAACAUUUCAACAGAACUGAGACAAAUGUGUGAGUGGCACAGACUUCAUGUGGAAGUGCAGUGAGAGGUGGUAUUCAGCAUUGUACUAUAAUUUGCUAUGUCAAGAACCAUGAAUAAAU